UGAAGAGUCAUCAGCAGAUGAAGUUAAAGUUAAAUCAAAAAAACAAAAAACUGUACCAAAGGAAUCAAGCUUAUCUGAAGCUAAAAAAUUACAUAGUCAAUAUAUAAAUUUAUUACGAAAAAAAUACUGGUAUACAAAACAUACACAAGCAUGUUUAAUUGAAGAUAAUUUUUAUAUUAAAUUAACAUCAAUGCAUCUUUCAAUUUGGGCCAAAGAGCUUAUAAAUGGUAUUGGUUCUAGUGAAGUACCACCCACUCAUCCCAUUUUUAAUUGUCAACAUACUCGUGAUAAUAAUAAUAAAUCACCAAAUACUUCAAGUAAUUUUCAAACUAUGCAACCUAUGCAAUCUAUACAACCUAUACAAUUAAUGCAAUCUAUACAACCUAUUCAAUCAAUGCAAUCAAUGCAAUCUAUACAACCUAUACAACCUAUAAUUAUUCCUAUGUCAUAUCUGUUACCACAAACUGGAAUUAAUCAAGAAACAUUUAAUCAAUUUUAUUCUAAUUCUUUGAUAUCUCAAUCAAAUAAUUUACAAAGUAGAAAGUUAUCUAUUCCAUCAUUAGAUAAUUUUUUUAAACAAGUUGAUAGUGAAUAUGGAAAUACUGGUGAAUAUUUAUCUUUUAAGGAGGCAUUUGAAAAUGAAAAUAUAACAACUGACAUGAUAUCCGAAUUAACUGAUAAUGAAUUUGAAAAAUUAGGAGUCAUAAAAAUAGGAUGGAGAAAAAUAUUAAGAAAG